UUUCACUUCCGCACUCCGCUGCUGCAUGGAGCCCGUUAGCCUCUUUGGAUGCCACUUUACAAUACUUCAGGAAAAACGGGUUUCUAAUCCAGGACAGGACAAAGCGUGCGGCUAAUAACGUUACUUUAAAACUUACGAGUACAUGCACGUGUACUUUUUUUUAUUUGCAUAACAAAAUAGCCGCAUUAUUGCUUUAUUAAAGUCAACCAGGAAGCGAGGUUAGCGCAAGGAAGCUCACUACACAACGGUCUACAUGUUUAUCUGUUAAACUGGGACUAACAAAGAAGCCUUUCAAGCUUAUUCACUGGAUAAGAAGUCAUGAAGGUGGUUUACAGUCACGGUGGAGGGUCCUUCUUGGUGUGGACCCUGGUAGUUCAGCUGGUCCUGUGUGGGAGUGGGGUCUUCAGCACUGACAGCACCAAAAGCUGUAAACUGUUAAUCGAGACUGAAUCUGAACGCAAAGUCCUCAAUCGUCUCGAACCACUUGCCAAUAAGAACUUUACGGCAGUGACCAUGGUUGGAACUGAGAGUUACACAUAUGUGUUCCGGUUGUGUGGAGAUGCAGGGAGUGUUCCCGGAGCCGGGGUUAUUCAGUAUGACAGCAAGAAACCAGAGAGUAAACCGACAAUGAUUGGCUCGUAUAAUGCGACGCAGGCCAUUGGAGGAAGUGACUGGGUGAUGUUGAUCUACACAAACGGCGACAAAUAUGACGCCCACUGUUCCAAGGAAAUGAGGAGAGCCAUGAUCAUGAUCUCUUGUGACAAGAAAGUGGAUGUGGGCCAGAUGAAGGUGGUGCUGGAGGACAGGCAGAGGUUGCAGGACUGUUUCUACCUCUUUGAACUGGACUCCAGUUUGUUGUGUGAAGUUGUUCAGUCCCAGAUCAGCGCUGGCUCCAUAAUACUCAUCAUUGGUUUCUGUCUUCUGGCUGUUUAUCUCAUUGGAGGUUUCCUCUACCAACGACUGAUUGUUGGAGCCAAAGGGAUGGAGCAAUUCCCAAAUUAUGCUUUUUGGGUGGAAGUUGGCAAUAUGACAGCGGAUGGAUGUGACUUUGUGUGUCGGUCACAAAAUCGUGAGGCUGCCCCGGCCUACAGGGGCGUGGCCACAGAGCCUUUAGAAGAGGAGCAAGAGGAGAGAGAUGACCACUUACUACCUAUGUGACCCAAAUACUUCAGAAAUGGGACAGAAAUUUUCACUGUGUGACACAGUUUACUAUUCUCAAGCGGCAGGUUGCUGUUAGACACAAGUCUUGCUUUUUUUUGUUCUGGUUUAGGUUAGGACCUGUCGACACUGCGUGUAUUCCAGACUUGUGCCUAGAGCAACGACUGUGUGAUCUGCUCGUCACUUACGGGCAUGUUACUCCUCGGGCUGACAGACCGGUCUGCUCUUCCUUCCCCAUGCUUUUCAUUCAGCUGUUUGAUGACAAACAAAUGAGUGAUUUAUCCAAUAUUACAAAGUGACAAUAAAGAGUGACAUUUCUUCUGUGGAAAUCUGGCACAAAAGGGAGCAGUUAAGAAAUUGGCUUCCUACCUGAUUUAAGCUUAAUGUCAUAUUGCUCAUCUUUUUCUGCUUAGGUAAUGGUUGACGAUUAUUUGAAGUUGUUGCACAAGCUGUUUUUCAUGGGUCAUGGUUGUGCACUGACAGUUGCAGGUUACAAAACACACAAGUGCUUUUGCUUGUGUCAUUUGGCUUUAAGUAGUUUGUUUUUUGUAUAUUGAAAGUGAAAGAAGUAAUUUGAGAAUGUAACUGUAUUAUUUUAAGUUCUUUGACUGUGCUUACAGCCUCGAUUCACAAGUAGAAAUAGCUUUACUGACUUAGAUUUUUGGUUGGGCAUCUUCCUUUCUCACACUUUAUGGGGAAAAGCUUCUAUGCUAAUAUCUUCCUAAAAUGCUUCCUGAAAGAAAUCCGAUCUUGACAGCUUUAACUAACAGUCCUCUUACAUAUUUAUCUGAAAGGUCAACAAUGCUGAUAAAUGAAUGCGCUUAACUGACAAAUUUGUUCUCUGAAGCAAAGCAUCAAAAUAAUCUAAACUGAAUUAUAUCUUGAAUCCCUAAUUGUUGCUUAUAUAUGCUACUAGGCAGUGAUGAAAAAUUAGAAGAUAUUUAUAUAUGAAUUAUGCUAUUCAUAACUUAUAUCAACAAUUUAGAUAUAUAUUGGGUAUAUGUACUUGUAUUUAGAUGUAAUAAAUGAACAUUGACAGCAAAAUACCAAUAUUAAUGAUCACAAAACUAUUUAAUGAUGAAUAUUAUAGUGGGUAAACUGGUUUGGAUGCUUACAAUAUAAAACAGACCCAAACAUCAGAUACACUCCAACAUUAUAGGAGAAGAGUCGACUGUCUUUUGACCAAAUAUUCAGGCCGCUUCAUGCCUGAUGCUUUGCUUUGCUUUAUUAGGAUUGAGCUGCAAUGAAUGCACUUAAUUUUCAAUACACCUCUUAUAUCAAUAGAGUAUGGUUGUUAAAAUGUUACAGCUCUGAGGAUAUAAAUAACGAAGUUUGUAAUAUUUUUAUUCAUUUCAAAUGAUUAAUACUAAGGAUUACAGCAGGAUUUUUGAACUUUGAUGGCUAAAUAUGAUUAGGAACGUUCAGUUGUGAAUCAAGUUACACUAUUAUUGUCAGCGUGAGCACUUAUGAUUGUUUUGGUUUGUUUCCAUCUUUGCUUUUUGUGUUAAUCAAGUGGCAUUUUUUCUGCUAGGUCCGUGAAUCAGCCUCUAGAUUAAUAAACAGUAAUAAAACGUUUGUUUCAAGGACGAUUUCAAGCCACUAAUGUUUUUUGUUUCUUUUAAGAUUCCAUAAACAAAUAAAGUGUGAUACUAGUUUAAGUAUGUCCAUUGUAGUGGAGAAAUUAGUACACACCCAAGUGCACUCACAUUUGGAGAUUUAAUGAAUGUAAAAUGUUUUAAUAAAAACAUUU